GGGUGGCGGAAGACGCGGGGCUCUGACCGCCCCUCCAGGGAGACUGGUGCCUCCCUCUCUCCGCGGCUGGGACGGGGGAGGACUCGGGGCUCUGACGGUCCCUCCCCGGGGCGGAGUUUGGGCACUUUUGGCGGGAGCGGAGCCGCAAAUAAAGAGCGGGAGCGGAGUGGAGCAGAGCGGAGCCCCGGAGAGCGGACACGGACGCCACCCAGUCACCAUGCCUGAAGGAACCACAGCUGCGUUGGAGGAACUACUGCCUACUCUGUUGGAUACCGAGGGCUGGCCGCGAGCCCGCGAGGAGCUGCUGCAGAUGUUGCCCACCCCUCCUCAGUCGCCCAAGGAUGGCCAGUCGUCAAGGGUGCCCUCCAAGUCAGACCAGCUGGAGCUGAUGUCGGAGCUGUUGCUGGAGGACGAGGACUUUGUAGAGCAGGGCCUACAGUGGGAAUUGGAGCCUGUAACCCAGGAUGGAGUGUGGGGCAGCCUGCUGGCCCAGGCUGAGCUGGACUGGCUGACGGAGUCCCUGCCCUUCUCCAGCUCCCUGCUGGCAGACAUCGAGGCCCAGAUCUUUCAGGCUCCGGUACUCAGCCCCCCACCACAGCACCCGGCUGGCAACCUGGAGCCAGACAGUGAGGCCCCAUUCCCCUGUGACAGCCUUCAGGCACUCGCGACCGAUUCAGAUGAGGAGGUCGAUGUGGUCAAUGUUGAGAAGCUGUCUCUGGCAGGGCGAAGUGAAGUGACUACUCCUGGGACGCGCUCACAGACUCUGUCCCGGGUCAGGCACUGUGCCCUGGACAUCCAUCAGCAACACAACUAUGCUGCUCCGUCACCUCUGCUGCCCCUGCCCCCCCUGCCAAAACGGGCCAGAACAGAUGGCUGCCUGCACUCGGCCAAGACCACCGGCUCGAGCUUUGGGCUCCGGGGGUCAGACUUCGAGGAGGAGGAGCGUCGGAGGACACAUAACAUUCUGGAGAGGCAGAGGAGGAACGAGUUGAAGCGUUGCCUGCUGGCUCUUCGGGACCAGAUGCCUGAUCUGUCCACCAACAGCAAGGCUUCCAAGGUGGUGAUCCUGCGGAAGGCCACUGAACUCGUUGGGCAGUUGCAGAGGGAGCAGCUCAAGCUGCAAGCUGAUAGGAAUCGUCUGCAGAGGAAACAGCAGCAGCUUCGACGUAGACUCCAGCGGCUCCACCGGGCGGCCAAGUAGGACAAAAAGUCUGCCGUUGCCCCGAGCCGCCUCUCACAGUGAGGGGGCUCACACUUUCCUGCUGCACCUGGACACAAAUAUUUGGAGGCUACCUCACCUGGCGCUUGGCUUAGGAGCCCCAGCCUUCGCUUCACCGUCCUGUCAACAAGCCAGGUUGGCAGGACUUUGUUCGUUCCAGGCAAAGGCCUCAGCUUCUCUGUGUCGAUUGUAUUUCUUUCUGUCUUCAAUCGUGUCGCUGUUGUCCAGCUUUAGAGGAGUACUGAAAAGUGCCAAUAUUUACGCCUGAAUGCUUCUGUCUAUGAUUGGCCCUGCCAGGGACCUUCGCACAGCAUACCCUACUCUUUCAGAGGAUGCUGAUGUUGAUGGGUGUGUUCAGGUUUCAUUCACUGAUGGGGUUAAACCUCUACCUCACAUUCACGUUGCAUCAGCACCUCCCCUCUCCCUGGGAAUGAGGAGAGGCUUCGACACACCCCUGGCCAACUGGGCAUCAGCAUUUGUGCCAUGUGCUGGGGCAGAAAAUGGCCGUUGGACUGGAGGUCUGGGCAUAAGCUGGGUGGACUGUCGGACUGUCUGUUGGACUGUCCUGGGGAUCAGAGUGUCUGUUGGUCUGUCCUGGGGGUCAGAGUGUCUGUUGGACUGUCCUGGGGGUCGGAGACUGUCUGUUGGUCUGUCCUGGGGGUCAGAGUGUCUGUUGGACUGUCCUGGGGGUCAGAGUGUCUGUUGGUCUGUCCUGGGGGUCAGAGUGUCUGUUGGACUGUCCUGUGGAUCAGAGUGUCUGUUGGACUGUCCUGGGGCUAGCCCUUGAGUGACCGCAGUUCCUGAUUUUAUGUUAUUUUGCUGCUGAUAAUUUAUCACCAGGCUGUGCACUGGUUCUGUUGUGUUUCUUUGAACAGUUUCUGUUGUUAUUAUUGCACAGACAUUGUUUGAAGUUUGUACCCUGGGCUUUAAGUUAUUUGUCUCUUCCUUUCUGGAUGGUUCUGUUGCUGUCUGAGUGUGUGGUACCGGAUGUUUCUGUUGUACAAAGCACUUUCUGUUCAGCGACCUGGCCACCAAUAAUUUCAGUAUUUCAUAAUGAAAUAAACACA